CGUACACUCCGAAAGCGUGGCAUGAAAAUUUGCAUCGGAUGCAGACGUUGUCUUCGGAUCAGGAUGAUGAAAAGCCAACACGAUUGGAACUUUUGAAGCAAACUUCGUCGCUAAUGUACAAAAGGCACAUGCCUGCUUUUCCGAAUGAAGUCGUCGCAACGAGGAAAUCGUCGCAGUUUCCACAAUCUUCGCCCCGAGGGAAGGAAUGUGGUGAAAACGACCCGCCGGGCCAGGGAAAUUAUCUGCCCCCUCGUUGACUAAAUUACUGCGAGCGGGAUCCCAUAUAGCGAGAGGGAACAGGCAAAUGUUUUCCGGGAAAGGACCCACAUAUCGUGUUCUUCUUUCUUGCUGAUCAGGAAUUGACCAACUCGUGCUGAUAUUCAUAAAAAUGAGUUUGUACUAC